ACAAACAAAUGUCAGAAUUGAAAUUAAAAGGAAGGCAGCGACAGCAGAAGAAGUCAGUGGAAAACUUGUGAAAAACACGCCCGACUCAAAGAAGUAGACGAAGGUUUUUCCAGAAGGGGAGAAGGGAUGCCUUGGCCACAGUACGCAGUCCCAAUCAGAAACUCCGCAUCCCGGCCACGACUUUGGAUCCGACUCCGACUCCGACUCCGGCUCGAUUCCAUCAGCUUCAGCCUCAACCUAAGUCUGAGUUUCAGCAUCAGAAUCAACAUCAGCAACACCACCCACACGCACUGACUUUCCUGCAUUCCCGCAUUUUCUUUUUGUACAUUUCACACAGCGUGAAAUUUUCUAAAUGUCAUUUUGCUGUCAUCUCGUGGAUAAUAAGAUUACAACUACGCUGAAAUAAUAGGAUUCAAAUGAAAAAACUUUGCCGUCGUCGUCUUCUUCGUCGUCGUCUGUCUCCUUACGCUUCUCAACUUUCAAUACGCGCCUGGCCACACCUCUCCGCCCAUAAUACAUAGAUAUAUAUCUGAAUCAGAAUCCGACUGGGGAGCGUUUGUCGGUUGGUUAUUGUGCCUUUAGCUUGGGAUCUGCCCCCUGGUAUGGGACAGCAGUGGAAAGUUUUUGAUAGAGUGCAGCGAUAAUGAGUGAGCAGCCACAAUCCCAACUUCAACUCCAACUCCAACUCCAGUCGAGGUAACUUGAGCGACCUGCGAUCUGGAGACCACUUGAGGCGUCCCUGUCUGUACCAUGUCUGCGUUCUAUCUGUAUAAUUGAUUCGAUUCCCCCAGCUUGGAGAGGUAGAAGGCGGUUUAAUGAACCAUGCUUUCAUAGCGACCAUAACUUCAGAUUGUCUACCUGCCCGCGGGCCACAAAUAGACGAAAGUGCUGGCCAAGUUUGCAAACAAAAUAGAAAAAAAAACUGGACACCAAAGGAAUUGGGAGAGAUAGCAAACAGAAAUCUAAAACCAAAAACCAAAACAAAAAUGAAAAAGCAAAAAGCAAAGCCAUCAGCUGGGCUUAGUUGGAUCACUGCCCGGGGCCAUAAAGAGAAACCGGCUUUUAUUUGCCGCCUAGACGAGUAUAAAAGCAGCGAUCCCAUCCCAUAUCGACAUCAGAACUUCUCCAAACGUUCUAGCAAUCCAAGUUAUACUCAACAUGAACUCCUACUUCGUGAUCGCUUUGAGUGCCCUUUUUGUGGCUCUGGCUGCUGGAUCGGCCCUUAAUCUGAGCGAAGACCAGAAGAAUCUGGCCAAGCAGCAUCAUGAGCAGUGCGCCGCCGAAAUCAAACUGACCGAGGAGGAGAGUGCCAAGGUCAAGGCCAAGGACUUCAAGAACCCCACCGAGAACAUCAAGUGCUUCGCCAACUGCUUCUUCGAAAAGGUCGGCACCCUGAAGGACGGUGAGCUGCAGGAGUCCGUGGUCCUGGAGAAACUGGGCGGUCUCAUUGGCGAGGAGAAGACCAAGGAGGCUCUGAAGAAGUGCAGGAGCAUCAAGGGCGAGAACAAGUGCGACACCGCUGCCAAGUUGCACGAAUGCUUCGAGAGCUUCAAGCCUGCCCCGGAGGCUAAGGCCUAAGGAAGUUUUAGAGUUGAUCCAUGGCAAAUUGUGAUUCGGAAAAA